AUGUACUUGCGAAUUUUUAAAAAAACCACUCCUCUAUCAAAAUAUUUACAAGGGCAUGGAGUUAAUAUAAUUGCAGCUUAUCAAAUGGUGAAACAAACUUUGAAUGAUUUGCAAGACUGUGCCCGCCAAUUGCAAUAUAUUCUCAACAAAAUUGAUUCCGAAGACAUCAUAAAAAAAUUAGGAGCUAGAAGCCCAGUAUUUGGUAGAAUGUUACUAUGUUAA